AUGCCCACACAAGUCGCUGUUGCAGGCGCCACGGGUGCUGUAGGCAUCCCUAUCGUCUCCGAGCUCUUGAAAGCUGGGCACCUCGUUACCGCUCUCAGUCGAAGCAGGAACAAUUGCUCGGCCAAGCUUCCCGAGCACCCGCAUCUGAGCAUUGCCGAGGUCGACUAUGACUCCGUGGCUUCGCUCACGGCUGCCCUGCAAAGCCAUGCCAUCGUCAUUGCAGCCCUACCCGUUACCACACCAGUCGGUAGCCAGGACACACUCAUCGAUGCCGCUGUUGCUGCGGGAGUGAUACGCUUCUUUCCGGCGGAGUUUGGCACCGACACCAACAAUGACAAAUGCAUGAAGCUGCCGGUUUUCGCGAACAAGGUGCACGCCCUUGCGUAUUUAAAAGACAAGGCCGCCAAACACCCCAGUUUCAGCUACACAGCCUUGUGCACCGGCUCCUUUCUGGACUGGGGCUUGGCGGCUGGGUUCCUGGUCCAUCCCAAGACGCAUACUGCUACGAUCUACGAUGACGGUAAUCUUCCGUUUAGCACGACUACUUUGACCACAGUCAGCAAAGCGGUCGUGUCAAUCAUUGAUCAUUUAGAGGAGACAAAGAAUCGACAUGUCUACAUCCAUGAUGCAGUCGUCACGCAGAACAAGCUCGUUGAGUUGACAAAAACGAUUGAUGGCAAGGACUGGCAGUUGACAUAUGUCGACUCAGCUGUUGCCUCUGCGGAGGCUCAUCUCGAAUUCCUGAAGCCAACCGCAGACAUCACCAAAGGGCUUAUGCCUCUUCUGCAUAUCUCUGUGCUUGGUAAGGGCUACGGAGGGGACUUUACUAGUCGCUUGGAUAAUGAGCUUCUUUCCAUUAAGGAGAUGAACGACGAGGAACUUCGGAAUGUGAUUGCAAUGUUCUUGUAG